AUCUGACCUCAUCACAGAGCAGGCAGGGAGCGCGUACAUCAUCUUCUCUGUGUGUGUUUCCAUCAAUAGAUGUAGAACUGAAUGUAUGGGUGUAAGGAAGCUGGGUUAUCUGCCCCCGUCCACACUUGAGGUGAGCGAUGUUUACCAGGACUGUGGACUGACUGGGGUACCCGGCACACCCCGGGACAACGCCAACAGACGUCGGGUACAGUUUGCUAACCAGGCUGAGGACGGGAAACCCCUGGAACAGCAGUUUCUCGAACGGGUACAGCAACAUACCCAGGAUCAUUUUGGCGACGUUGAUUUUCCUGAGAGUGAGACACCAGCCAAGUCAUAUUUUACAUACUCCAACUCAGUCCGCAAACAUCCCGAGAAGAUCGCCCAGGUUAAAGUGCAAGACUUCCUGUCGGCGUGCGAUUUGGAAGUUGACCGACAGAAGAGGCGGCGCUGUCAGAAACCCGACUUCCUCCGCGUGGAGCCCCCCGAGUGUGACCCCGGGGAUGACUGUGUCCCCUGCCAGGUGCAGCAGUUUAAAAGGGACCUCCGUCGACGACACUGCACAGGACGCUGGAUGGACUGUAAACUCUGCUACAGAUACCGCACACGGCGGGCCACCAUAAAGGACAUCGCUGACGCCCAGUCCAAGGUGAUGGCUGUAUGCAAACAGGCGGUCCUCAAGGACAAGCUAGAAGUGAAGACGCCACCCCCUCCGCCACCCCCUCCGCCAGCGUCAGUCAUGGCCAUACUGGCCUCACCCGGGGCCACGCCCUCCCCGAUUCGGCAUGGGACGCCGGACUCCGAAUACGACACGGAGACGAGGGAUCAGCUGAUCAAGAAGUUCAUCCCCAAAGCGAAGGUCAUUCACUACGAGUGCCAACCAAGGAAUCGAGUGUUCUUCUACACGGAGGAGACAGCCUCGCAAGGAUUCGUGCAUCAGCCGUACCUCUUCCAGAAGCGACAGGUUGUCCUUACCAACGGGAAGAAGAAGUCGAAGAAGUCUACCAACCCGACGUAUUCUGUCUCCCAACUCGGCCUCGUCUUCACCCUGCCGGACCACAACGCCUCCCUCCCAGAUAGGCACCCUAGUCCGCCAAUGAGGAUAUGGAACAACAACAUGGUCCUUCCACCAAUCACCGUCUACAAGGUGCAACGAGCGGCCUUGAACAUGAACACCCCGGAUGUAGACACGGCGGGGUGAAACAGCACCACGUGCCCUGGUUGACCUUUCGUCCUGGAGACGGAUGUUCUGACAUAUGUAUAUUUCAUUUUGUCUGUAUGGCUGUCUGGUGAUGAGGAUGAGGAUGUAUGAAAAUGCAAAUUGUAUUGUAUUUGUAGGAGUUGUUGUCUUCGUUUGGGCAAUAAUUGUUUCCGUGCUGAGCCUGAUGUUGCUGGUAUCAGUAGAUGUACCUCCAGGCGGCGCUCAGGUAUUAGUGUAUAUGUUCGUGGAUAGUAAACUCAAACAUGAAUG